AUAAACAAUUGAAAAAUACGCUUCAGUUGUGGUCUAUAGCUUUGCAUGGUAGAUACGCCACUCAUAAGUUCUCGGUACUUGUUUUAGUUCUCCAUUCUGUCUGGUAAAAAAUGCGUUUAACUAGAUUAGUUUUUCAAUUGGCAAGACGUAACGCGUCGUUAAUUCAUAGGCGAGAAAUGGCAACAAGUGACAGAGGCAGCAGUAUUAUUCCCAAGACUGUCAACCCCGAUAUCCAAGAAGAACGAAAUGCGGCAACUUUUAAUGUUGAGGAUUUUGCUCUCUGGUGGCAUGGUGGUGAAGAGAAUUUGAAACGAAAGAGAUAUGUGGAAUCCUCGGUAUUUGCCGAUAUUGAUGAAAACAAAACUGUGGCCAGCAUACAAAGCCUCUCUCACGAUGAAAUCUAUGCUGCCGCAAUGGAAGAUGCCCUCGCAUUGGCGGGGAAAUUGCGUAAAUUACAAAAGGAAUUAAAUCCGGGAGGAAAAGACAUUUGGCCAGGUCUCUUUAGUGGUCCCGAGCUGUGGGGUGCCAUGCCUGGUGGCAACCCCUUUACUGUACAUUUUUCCAUGCUGGUCGAUGCCAUUCGUAAUCAGGGCACGGAUGAACAAUUUGAAAAGUUUGGCAAGCGGGCUGAGAAUUUGGAGAUAUGUGCGGCAUUUGCCCAAACGGAGUUGGGUCAUGGAACAUUUUUGAGGGGCCUGCAGACCAGGGCAGAUUUUGAUAGUAAAACCGAUGAAUUUGUUUUGAAUACUCCCACAAUUACGGCGUACAAAUUUUGGCCUGGAGGAUUGGGUCAUUCGGCCAAUUAUAGCCUGGUCAUGGCAAAUUUGUAUAUCGACAAUAAACCCAAAGGUGUGGCCAUGUUUAUGGUACCCAUACGUGACGAGGAGACCCACAUGCCCCUGCCGGGCAUUGAUAUUGGAGAUGUUGGUAAAAAACUGGGAUUCUAUGGUGUUAACAAUGGCUAUUUGGGUAUGAAAAAUGUAAGGAUACCACGCACGAAUAUGCUGAUGCGCCAUGCCCAAGUAGAGGCCGAUGGAACGUUCAUACAAAGUCCGGCAGCUGCUUUGGGCUACUUUUCAAUGGUAUUUGGACGUUGUUGGAUAUCGGCCAACAAUACAACAAUGUUGGCCAUUGCUGCCACCAUAGCGACCAGAUAUUCGGCGGUGAGAAGGCAGGGCUCCAUUAAUCCCAAACAACCUGAGGUGAAAAUCAUGGACUAUGUGACCCAGCAAAUGAAACUUUUCCCCGAAAUUGCCACCUGUAUUGCCGAUCGUUUGGCUGCUUUGAAACUACGUCAACUCUACCACCAAACGGAGAGGGACAUAAAGAAGGGGAAAUAUGAUGGUUUGGGGGAAAUUCAUGCCCUGUCAUGUGCCAUGAAAGUAAUGUGCACCUCGGACUCGGCAGCGGGUAUUGAACGCCUGCGUUUGGCAUGUGGUGGUCAUGGUUAUUUGGCCUCCUCGAAUCUAAGUAAUUUGUAUUCCACCGCAACGGCUGGCUGCACAUAUGAGGGAGAGAAUACCGUGCUGCUGCUACAAGUUGGACGCUUCUUGAUGAAAUCUGCUCAGCAAGUAAUGGCGGGGAAACCGUUGGCUCCAACAGCAUCAUAUUUGGCGAAAAUUAAGAUGGAUCAAUGGAGUGGUUCCUGGGAGAAUAUUGUUGAGGCUUUAGAGUGUGCAACGGCAAAUAAAACUCAUCAGGCUUUGAAGAACAUAGCGGCCCGCAUGGAAGCUGGACAAACCCAAGGUGAAGCUGCCAAUAAUACGGGUAUUGAAUUGACCCAGGCUGCGGAGUUGUAUGGUCGUUCCUUCAUUGCCGCCAAUUUCUUGCAAGAAGUGACCGGCAUCAAUGCCAAAACCCGGUCACCGGCCCUCAAUAAAGUUUUGGAAAAUAUUUUGGAGUUGUAUUUGGUUAAGGCGGCUCUGGACAACAUGAAUAAUAUAUUCCGAAUUGUCAAAAUUACCGAUGAAGAUGUGAACUCCUUGCAGGCAAGUUUGGAGAAGUCGCUGAAGUCAAUGCGCCCCAAUGCUGUGGCCAUCUGUGAUGGUUUUGAUUUUCCCGAUCGUAAUCUUUUAUCGACUUUGGGCUGUUUCGAUGGCAAUGUUUAUGAGCGCAUCUUUGAGGAGGCCAAAAAUUGUUCCCUGAACAAGGAGCCGGUGCCGAGAGUCUUCCAUACGCAUUUGAAGCCAUUUAUGAAAUCGAAGAUGUAAUGCAUUUUUUGUAAAUUUAUUGUGGAAUUUUUGAUCUAUUUUGAAAUUGCUUAAUUUUGUUAUUGUUAUAAAUUAUUUUGUGUAUUAGUGUAAUAAAAUAUUACUCAGUAGAUCCUGCCUAAA